UUUAAUUUUCUCUCAUCUCUUUCUUUUAAUUUCUAUUAUUGUACCAUGAAUAAUUUCCAUCCAAACACUUCUCUUCACCUGAGUCAUCAUCAUCAUCAUCACUUACCUACUGCAGAUGAGAAUUCAAUCAACCUUGACCUUCUUCUUGAGCCUUCUUCUUCUUCAACUUCUUCAUCUUCACCUCUUAGUGGUGGUGCUGGUAAUAAUUAUAAUAAUAUGACAGAGGCAAGGGUAUUCUCAUGCAACUACUGCCAAAGAAAGUUCUACAGCUCUCAGGCCUUGGGAGGACACCAGAACGCUCACAAGCUCGAAAGGACGCUGGCCAAGAAGACCAGGGAGAUCACUUCAUCCAUGCAAGAUCACAGAUCAAACUUCAUCAAUUCUACUACUACUACUACUUCACAUCAUGCUUUUGGUGUUCUUGAGAACCAUGUCCAUGGUGCUGGAGGAAGAAGAGAUAACAAUAGCUUCAGCUACGGCGGUUCAAAACAAUUAGGUGUGGCUGCUUCUUGGUCCCGUGGUUACACUUCUACUACUUCUGAAAAUGUUCAUCAGGAAGAUAUUAGCCAACUUGACUUGUCAUUAAGGCUUUGAAACUUAUGAUGAUGAACAUGAUGAACAAGAAAAAUUCUGGGUUUUUCUGAUUAUGAAUGAUGAACAAUAAUAUAAUGUGGCGGUAGAGAGAAUUGAAGGGGCUAGAUAGGAGGAUGUAAGUGGGGGAAGCAAGAAUCAAUCUUAAAAGAUGGAUCCAAGUUGUUGAUCUACCACUGCCACUUUUUCUUUACAAGGUAAAUAAUGCGAGGCUGGAUUUCAGGUUAC